AUGGCCAGCAAGAAGAAGCAACUUUUUAAAAUCAUCAUCUUAGGUGAUUCAGGAGUCGGAAAAACAUCUUUGAUGAAUUAAUAUGUCAAUGCAAGGUUCACUCAAUAAUAUAGAGCUACAGUUGGUGCAGAUUUUAUGGCCAAGGAAGUUAUGAUAGAUGAUCGUAUGGUUACCCUUUAAAUUUGGGACACAGCAGGUUAAGAGAGAUUCCAAUCAUUAGGUGGUGCAUUUUACAGAGGAGCUGAUUGUUGUGUAUUAGUAUACGAUAUUACAAAUCCAAAAUCGUUUGAUUCUUUGGAUUCUUGGAGAGAUGAAUUUCUAAUGUAAGGUCAACCAAAAGAUCCAGAACAUUUUCCUUUUGUCGUCUUAGGAAAUAAAUUGGAUAAAGCAACAGAAAGAAAAGUUUAGGAAUCCAAAAGUUAAUAAUGGUGUAAAUCACACGGAAAUAUACAAUUUUUUGAAGUCUCAGCCAAAGAUGCCACAAAUAUAGAAUAAGCUUUCCAAGACAUUGCAAAAGCAGCUGCAAGUUAAGAAAAGGAUGAAGAAAUAUUUUUCCCUACAACUGUGACAUUAACUAAAUAAGACCCAAAGAAAUAGACCAAACAAGGAGGAUGCUGUUGAUUCAUUGAAAUUUUAAACACAUUUCAUUAUAAUAAUAAUUAUAAAUAUUGUGACUAAU